AUGGCUCAUAAUAAAGUUACUAUCAUUGGUUCUGGACCAGCUGCCCACACCGCCGCCAUCUAUCUAGCUCGUGCCGAAAUUAAACCUGUCAUGUAUGAAGGUAUGCUAGCUAAUGGUAUCGCAGCAGGUGGUCAAUUGACUACCACCACAGAAAUUGAAAACUUCCCUGGUUUCCCACAAGGUCUAACCGGUUCCGAAUUGAUGGACAGAAUGAGAGAACAGUCCGUCAAAUUCGGUACUGAAAUCAUCACUGAAACCAUCUCUAAAGUCGACCUAUCCUCAAGACCUUUCAAACUUUGGACCGAAUUCAAUGAAGAUCAAGAACCUAUCACCACCGAUUCUAUCAUCCUAGCUACUGGUGCCUCUGCCAAAAGAUUACACUUGCCUGGCGAGGAAACUUACUGGCAACAAGGUAUCUCUGCCUGUGCCGUUUGUGAUGGUGCCGUGCCAAUCUUCAGAAACAAACCUCUAGCAGUUGUCGGAGGUGGUGACUCUGCCUGUGAAGAAGCCCAAUUCUUGACCAAAUAUGGUUCCAAGGUCUACAUGAUUGUUAGAAAGGACUAUUUGAGAGCCUCCACUAUCAUGCAAAGACGUGCUGAACAGAACGAAAAGAUCGAAAUCCUUUAUAAUACCGUCACAUUAGAAGCUAAGGGAGAUGGCAAGUUAUUAAACGAAUUGAUUCUAAAGGACGUCAAAACCAACCAAGAAAGAUCUUUACAAGUCAAUGGUCUUUUCUACGCCAUCGGUCAUACCCCAGCUACUAAGAUCGUUCAAGGCCAAGUAGAUACCGAUGAAGUGGGCUACAUCAAGACCGUUCCUGGUUCUUCCUUGACUUCUGUCCCUGGUGUCUUUGCUGCAGGUGAUGUUCAAGAUUCGAGAUAUAGACAAGCCAUCACUUCUGCUGGUUCUGGUUGUAUGGCUGCUUUGGACUGUGAAAAAUAUUUAACUGAGCUAGAAUAA